GGGCGACCCGGAAGAGGCCCCUAGGCGCGUGCGCACUGGGGCCCAUUCAGCGAACGGGCUCUCUGGAGGUGUCCUGUCUCCCUCGCCUCCUGCCCAAAGAUUUCCAUCAUCCUGCUGCCGCGGCCUGCCUCUUCUUCCCUCCCGCGUCCGGCUCGCGCGCGACGGCGGCGGCCUAGUGCCCAGCCCAGCUUUUCGUCUUCCCUUCCCAGCUGGUUAACCCUCUCCUCGCCUAGGCCGUCCUUCCUUCUCCUGGAGCAAAGCCGGGCGGCGGCGCGGCCAUGGCGGACACGGCGCAGAACGGGCCUCUGCAGGGCGGCGCGGGCGGCGGGGCCGUGCAAUUUAUGAUGACCAAUAAGUUGGACACUGCAAUGUGGCUUUCCCGUAUAUUCACCGUUUACUGUUCAGCUUUAUUUGUCCUGCCUCUUCUAGGGUUGCAUGAAGCAGCUAGCUUUUAUCAACGUGCCUUGCUAGCAAAUGCUCUUACCAGCGCCCUUCGACUGCACCAAAGGUUACCACACUUCCAGCUAAGCAGGGCUUUCCUGGCCCAAGCCUUGGUGGAGGACAGCUGUCACUACCUUUUGUAUUCCCUCAUCUUCGUUAAUUCCUACCCUGUUACAAUGAGUAUUUUCCCAGUUCUCUUGUUUUCUUUGCUGCAUGCUGCUACCUACACGAAAAAGGUCCUUGAUGCAAGAGGUUCAAACAGUCUUCCUUUUCUAAGAAAUCUCUUGGACAAGUUAAAUGCUAAUCAGCAGAACAUUUUAAAAUUUAUAGCCUGCAAUGAAAUCUUCUUGAUGCCAGCUACUGUGUUUAUGCUUUUCAGUGGGCAAGGAAGCUUGCUGCAGCCUUUUAUUUACUAUAGGUUUCUUACGCUUCGUUAUUCCUCUCGUAGAAAUCCUUAUUGCAGGACUCUCUUCACAGAGCUGCGGAUUGUUGUGGAACACGUCAUAAUGAAACCGUCAUGCCCUGUAUUUGUCCGAAGACUCUGUCUCAGCAGCAUUUCAUUUAUAAGCAGACUGGCACCAACAGUUGCAUAGCUAAUUUCUGGAAGCAUGUUUGUGUGUGUGUGUCUCUAAUGAACAUUCUGAGCAGCUGGUAUUUCUGCUGGUGAUUUAUAAAUUCUGGAUCUCAGUCAAGGUUGUAUGCAAAUACGUUGUUUCCUUCCAAGAGCCUAUUACGUGAAUUGUAUCUAUAUGUGUUUAAAAAAACAACAACUGUUUUUUUCCAAGAAGGUGUUCUUGUGCUUUGUGGAAGAUGAAUGCCUGCCAUCUUAGAGAAGAUAAUUUUCAAGACAAAAAACAGCCGGCAUUGUACAAUAUGGCUUAUGUGCUGUUGUGUUCUCGUCAAUACUGAAUGAAAAUACUUGCUCAAAAACAAAACAAAACAAAAAAACCCCACCACCACAAAGAACUCCAGACAAUACUAGUUGGGUUGCGUCUAACAAACUAUCAGAUGUUGCUGCAGUAUAAUUAGUAGCCUCUUAUGUGUAGCAUAAUGUCUACAUAUACGGUACAUAUAUUGGAAUGUCUACAUUUAUGGUACAUUUGAGUCAGUAUUCCUUCCAUUCAGUAAAUAAAAGAAGCCCACUUAAUUAAGUAAAUCAUUGUAGUCGGUAGAAAUCAAUUGACAUCUGUCCUGACCGAGAACAAUAGGUGUUAGCAUUUAGUUUUGUUCAGAUUUAUUUAAUAAUUUUGGAAUGGAAAGCUUUUCACCUCUCCCCCCUCCCCAACUUUUACAUCUUUGUAAAGUAAAUAUUUCUCUAGACCACCUGAAUGCCCUGCUGUUUUCAUUGUCUUCCAAAUAUAGGACUUUUAAAAUGCCAGCCUCCAUAUACUUUGAAAAUAUGAAUUCUAAAAACAGACGGCACAUUCUUUUCCAAGAAGAAUUGAGGUUUUGUUGCCCUACUGAAGUAAAAUUAAACUUUAUAAAAUUGAGUUAUCGAGAAGCUUAAUUCCUAAUUCACUUCAAGUGACACAUGCCCUAAUAAUGAAUCUGUUUUUAGACUCUAGUUGCACUGUGAAAUUAAUGAGGCUUGUUUCUGAAGGUGGGUGCAACCCUUCUCUGAGAGGGAUAGUGUCUGCUCACACAGGGGUUCCCUGAAAGCAUAAAAGAAUCCACGUCUUUCUCCCCUCCCCUUCCCACCCCACCCUUGACCAUCAGUGCAUGGACACAGGUGCAGAUCCUACACAACACCAAAACAAGGGAUUGGAAGUCUGUAGGUAUUUGUCCAGCUCUCCCACCUUUCACUCGGUCAAAAAACGAAGUGGUGUGAAACAGGCAAUGUUAUACCCUUUGGAAAUUCUGCAUGUAGCACUUGCAUGGCGAAGCAUCAUCCCCAUUGUUGUUAGGAUAGUGUCUGUUAGUGUGUAAAGGGAUGUACAGCAGCAGUUGUCACCUAGACUCACACUGUUCUUGCACUUGUGUAAGGCUGCAGUUACUGAAGUGGGGCUGUGUUUUUUUUAGCCACAUCUAGCUGUCUACUAUUUUGACGAGAAGAAUAGGUUGUAAAAAAAUGUUCACUUAGCACAUUCACCUGAACAGCCUACCUGUUUGAGUCCCAUCACAAGCUCAAUGUCCUGAAUACUGAAAAGCAUUUAACUGAAUUGUUCCACACAUGUCUAAUUUUCCUUUUCCUCCUUAAAAAAGUCCAAUCUAGACAGACAACUCAUCACUUAGAAAAGCAAUUGCUGUGAUUUUGAUUACAACGUUUGUCCCUUGCUACACAUAGAAAGCCAGCAUAUUGGGGAGAAGGCUAGAGUAGAGCCCUACUUGACAUGCUAGCUUUCUGUGUGCUGGGAACUAAUGUGUGUUAUUAAUGGAGAAUUUUCAGUCAGAGGACCUUCUGCCACUUGUCAUUGAAAUGGUGCAAUCUAGGGACAAUUUUAUCCUGAGCCAAAAGUCAGAAUCAUGGAAAACAAUACUUGUGUCUGUCAGAAUACCACCUGUUCUGAGAAAUGUUUGGAGGACUUUUUUUGACAAUAAAAUCUUAUGUAUGGUUUGGCUCAAUCUGAUCCUAAAGACACUUAAAGCCCAGUCCUUAAACAUUAAUUUGGAAGUAAACCCCAUAAUUUUCAGUGGGCUUACUCCAACUGAUUAAAUUUUUAAGGCCUACUUACAAUUUAAAAAACAAACUGGGGCAGUAAGAACAGUUCUGUGCAUCAUCAGAAGUGCCAACACACAUAUAUGGGGGCUGCCUUAGUCCUCCCCUAUAGCAUUUGAUGGGGAACUAGUGCAUGGCAGCUAUGUAAACAUGUAUGCAUCUCUCCCCUGUAAGUUUGCCUUUAUUCAUUGCAGUAGGAGUGGAAGACAUUAGAACAUCUGUUUGUGCUGCUGCUUAUGAAGUCCAAAUCUGUUCCUUUCUCAAAUACCUGCAUUUUGGGAUUGUGGUGGUGUUAGCACUGGCUUUAUAUUUAUUCACGGAUUCCUGGAAACCUUAUUUCAGUGUCUUUUUACUCUUGCAUGAAUGGGCCUGACUGAUAUGCUAAAUACUUUGGAAUGAUGCCACUGUUUUUAGAACACUGUUUCCUUGUGACUACCUGAUUUUUUUUAUAGUGUGGAUGUCAUUGAGAUCAAGCUCCUUCAUUAGUUUGCUAAUAGCCAACCCUGUACAUUGCUUGCUAAAUCUCCAGCUAUGGAGAAAAUGCAGUGAUUUUUUAAAUGGACUGAAAUAAUAUGGCUUGGUUGCUCUCCUUUCAGCUUUCUGACUUCUAAACAUCUAUUUAUGGAGAAGUUGCAUACUGAUAUGCAGGAACAUUGAAGAUUUCAUUUAGGCACUCUCUUUACUGUUUUAUAUCUCCUUUUAGUUUUUUAAAAACUAAAACUUCUGCAGCAAUAAAGUGAAUGUUGUGGGGUGGAAUGGAAUAUUGGAACCUAUUUCAGUCAUUUAUAGCUUUAAGUGGAAUCCUGUGUUAAUCAUGGGAACCUGAAAUUGAGCAUUUAAAAAAAAAAAGAAUAAAGGGAUGGAACAGAGCGAUCCUGCGCCGCCGCCCCCCCCAUCUACCUUUGGCCACACUCAAUAGCUGGUCACUCUGGGUUUGUGUUUCCAUUCUCAUUCAAAGAUGCAUCUAACCCACUUCAGUAGGGCUCAGAUAAGCAUCACGAUGGUGACCGGGAUGUGUAUUCAAAACUGUAUCUGCAAUGCAUGUGGAUGUUUCUUUUAAAAUCAGAGUAAGAGUUUAUAUUCUCCCAUGAGGUUAUUUCAUGCAUUAUGCCACUGAAUGCACACUUGAAAGAUGUGGCACCCCUGGCUUUCCAAUCAAUGGACUUGUAUGGGACAUGAGCUUACAAAUGUUUCAUGUCAUACAAUGUUAUGUUCACAUUUUUAGGUGACACUAUGCUCACUUCAAAUAUAAUAUGUGAAGAGGACUUGUAGCAGCAGUCUGGAUUGUUUCACACAAGACAAUUUCCCUCAUACUUAUGCUUUCACUGUAUGCAAGCAACAUGCAUACUUUAGUGUAUGGUAAAGACAGAUUUAUUUUAAUUAUGGCUAUGCGUAUGCAAAAUGGGAGGCCACAACAGCUAGUGAGUGUUUUUGAAUUAGUGAUGUGCAUUUGCCACCUGUUGUACACAAAUGGGGCAGCAUCUAGACUAGUCAUGACUUAAGUCCCAUUGGCAUUAACAGGGCUUAAGUUAGUCAUGACUGACUUUGCCUCAUUGCAUAGUUAUGACUUACUAGCUUGCGUAUUGCCCAUGGUUUUCCUAGAGAUGAAAAUUUUCCAGACAGUUGGGAAAAACUGAAACACAUAUAAUAUUGCAAAUAGUAAACACAAGGAAGCUUUUAUUAUCUGCGCUUAGAAACAGCCCCCCCCCCAAAUACUGGUUAAUAUCAGUAUUAUCCAGAUUCAAAAUAAAGAGUACAGACCCCUGUAAUGUUUCUUUACUAGAGCUGAGAGUAGGAUCAAUGUACACACCACAGGCAACAGUUGCUUUCUCAAACUGUUUCUAACUGGGGAAAAUGUCUCCAGCCUAAUCACAGUAUUCAGGCCUAUCGGUGAAGCUCGAUACUGAGUUGCACAGCUGAAGAGUUUGGUUUUAAACAAGUUUAUCACAUACAAAAAGGGGCCAAACUACAUGGUGUGACAUUAAAAUGCAUCACUGGCCCUGAUGUGCUUCAGCUUUCUUUGGCAAAAAAACAAAUGAAUCAGGACCAUGGAAGAGGCGUGCGUGCGUGCGUGCGUGCGUGUGUGUGUGUGUGUACACGUGUGCACCCCCCCACACACUAUGGCCCUGCUCUCUCCACCCCUGCAGCUGCUACAUGCCAAGGGGCAAAAAAAAGCUCCUACUGGUACUAGUGAAAGCUUUGCAAAUAGCAGCCAGCAGGAUAGGGCAAGUAAAAAAAAAGGGUAGGGUUAAGCCCUGCAACCCAUCCUCUUAUGUCUGCCUAUUAAAACACACCCACACUCAAAGCACAUCCUGGCUAGUAACACAUUUAAUCUUACUGAAUGUCCUCUAAGUAUAAUAGUUUUGAGUUUUCCCUCAACCCUUUGUAUCUCUAGGUUUUCUUCUAUGGAAGGAAUGGCCACAGUCCUAGACAGAUGGAUAUGAAUGGGCUUAAAUAUGGUCACAUGUACGUUGGAUUCUGGCCAAGGUGGUUACAUUCUUAACAGAAAUUGUGUGGAGUGGGGGAGCUUUGUGAGCAACUAACAAGCAAGUUUGAACUUGUGGGAAAUGUGCAUGUGGAGUCAGAGAAAUAGCUUUCUGGGAGCAGAGUGGCCUGAACUGGGUCUUGGAGGAAUAGCUGUUUUGCUGAAAGCUCAGUCUGCUGUUUUUUAUGCUCAUGCUUCACAGAGACAUAAGCACGGCCCUGCUGGAUCAGGCCAAAGGCCCGUCCAGUCCAGCAUCCUGUUUCACACAGUAGCCCAUCAGAGGCCUCUGGGAAGCCCACAGGCAAGAAGUGAGGGCACACCCUCUUUCUUGCGGCUUCUCCCCUGCAACUAGUAUUUGGAGGUAUCUUGCCUCUGAGGCUGGAGAUGGCCUAUUGCCACCAGACCAGCAGCCAUCGAUAGACCUGUCCUCCGUUAACAAAUGUGCACAUGAGCUCUCACUCAUGUUUUUCUGAUGGAUUUGCUUUCAGGUGCUGCCACCUCAGAACACCCAAACUGCUUCCUAACUCCCUUGAUUUUUAAAACCAUUUGUGGAUGUUCAAUUUGGGAGUUUUAAGAAUCAUUGCGUAUUCUCAGAGUGGGCAGCUUUUGAGAGGAAACCCGAAACAGACUUUCCAUGCUGGAUUGGGGACUGUUCCCAUAGGCAGAGUAUAACUGGCAUCCAGAUUUACAUCUCCACAGUGAGUCACAUCCAGAUACAAGGCAUAUUUGCAUGGCAAAUGGGUUUGUUGGAUUUUUCAUCUUGGGCCGGAAGGCAUUCCUCCUUCACUGACUUAAGCCUAUGCAGAAACUUAUAUAAUAACAUCGUCUUUCCAUGACACUUAACAAUGUGACAUAACAAAUCAUUAUAUUAUAAUCCCCCUAUAUAUAUUUUUGUUUUGAAGAAAUAUUUAAAAGAAAACAAACUUCAAACAACAACAUCAUACAGUACAUAAUUCUGCUCACAAAUAUAACACUAGACUUGUUUGGAUUAUUACUUCAUUUACCUCUCUGUAUUUCCUUUACAUUUAGAAUAAUUGUAAAUAUAAUAAUGAUAAAAUAAAUAUCCCUUCCAACUUC